CAGAGAAGCGGCCGCGGCGGUAGAGGCAGCAGAGACGGUUUCUCCAUCUUCCCCCCUCCCCUUUCCCCCUUGGAGUUUCCCUCCCUCCCUCCCUCCCUCCUUCCCAGUCUGGGCACUAAGGCCUGCGACCGCUCCGUGAGCUGAGAGGAAGCUGCCAGUCCGCUUCGGCGGGCCUGCGCCCGCGCUGUUCUCGGGCCUCCCCGCUGAGUGCGAGGUUCAAGCUGAGGGGACGCGCAGCGACGAGUGGCUGAGGAGCUUUGCGACAGGGUCUUGCUGUGUUCCCCAGGCUAGUCAUGAACCCUUGGGCAAAAGCAGUUCACUCCACCUGUGCCUUAUAAGAACACAGGAGCGAGGUUACAAAGCUUUGUGUGAAAGUUUGGACUGGAACCCCGACUUUAACAAGCUUUGUAGUGCAUCCCUGAGCAUGAACGCAGAAUGAAGCGGCGUCUGGAGGACCAGGAGUCACCGGUGUAUACGGCUCAGCAGCGGAGGAUCCCUGGCAGCACAGAGGCUUUUCCUCACCAGCACCGAGUGCUCGCCCCCGCCCCCCCUGUGUAUGAAGCAGUGUCUGAGACCAUGCAGUCAGCCACUGGCAUUCAGUACUCGGUGACACCCAGCUACCAGGUUUCAGCUGUGCCACAGAGCUCUGGCAGCCACGGGCCCACCAUAGCAGCAGUUCAUAGCAGCCACCAUCACCCAACAGCUGUGCAGCCCCAUGGAGGCCAGGUGGUCCAGAGCCACGCCCACCCAGCACCACCAGUAGCACCAGUGCAGGGACAGCAGCAGUUUCAGAGGCUCAAGGUGGAGGAUGCGCUGUCCUACCUUGACCAGGUGAAGCUGCAAUUUGGCAGUCAGCCUCAGGUCUACAAUGAUUUCCUUGACAUAAUGAAGGAAUUUAAAUCUCAGAGCAUUGACACUCCAGGAGUGAUCAGCCGCGUGUCCCAGCUAUUCAAAGGCCAUCCUGACCUGAUCAUGGGCUUCAAUACCUUCUUGCCUCCUGGCUACAAAAUUGAGGUGCAGACCAAUGACAUGGUGAACGUGACAACUCCUGGCCAGGUUCAUCAGAUCCCUACCCAUGGCAUCCAGCCCCAGCCUCAGCCACCACCCCAACAUCCUUCCCAGCCUUCAGCCCAAUCAGCCCCAGCUCCUGCCCAGCCAGCUCCUCAACCCCCACCUGCCAAAGUCAGCAAGCCUUCCCAACUACAAGCACAUACUCCAGCCAGUCAGCAGACUCCCCCUCUCCCACCAUAUGCAUCCCCACGUUCUCCACCGGUCCAGCCUCACACACCAGUGACAAUCUCAUUGGGAACGGCCCCAUCCUUGCAGAACAAUCAGCCUGUGGAGUUUAAUCAUGCCAUCAACUAUGUUAAUAAGAUCAAGAACAGAUUCCAGGGCCAGCCAGACAUCUACAAAGCAUUCCUGGAGAUUUUGCACACCUAUCAGAAAGAGCAGCGAAAUGCCAAGGAAGCUGGAGGAAACUACACCCCUGCUUUGACUGAGCAGGAGGUAUAUGCCCAGGUGGCUCGUCUCUUUAAAAACCAGGAAGAUCUGUUGUCAGAGUUUGGACAGUUCCUGCCAGAUGCCAACAGCUCCGUGCUUCUAAGCAAAACAACUGCGGAGAAGGUUGAUUCUGUGAGAAAUGACCAUGGAGGCACUGUGAAGAAGCCGCAGCUGAACAACAAGCCACAGAGACCCAGCCAGAAUGGCUGCCAGAUCCGUAGGCACUCUGGGACGGGAACCACCCCUCCAGUGAAGAAGAAACCCAAACUACUCAGCCUAAAGGAUUCUUCUAUGGCAGACGCCAGCAAGCAUGGUGUUGGAACUGAGUCAUUAUUUUUUGAUAAGGUCCGAAAGGCGCUGCGGAGUGCAGAGGCCUAUGAGAAUUUCCUGCGCUGUCUUGUUAUCUUUAACCAGGAGGUGAUCUCGCGGGCUGAACUUGUACAGCUAGUUUCUCCUUUUCUGGGGAAAUUCCCUGAAUUGUUUAAUUGGUUUAAAAACUUUCUGGGCUAUAAGGAGUCUGUGCAUUUGGAAACCUUUCCAAAGGAACGAGCCACAGAGGGCAUUGCCAUGGAGAUAGAUUACGCCUCUUGUAAAAGGCUGGGCUCCAGCUAUCGAGCCCUGCCCAAGAGUUACCAGCAGCCCAAGUGUACAGGACGGACUCCACUCUGUAAAGAGGUUUUGAAUGACACCUGGGUUUCCUUCCCAUCAUGGUCAGAGGAUUCCACAUUUGUUAGUUCCAAGAAGACUCAGUAUGAAGAACAUAUUUAUCGUUGCGAAGAUGAACGCUUUGAGGUUGAAGAUGAAAGAGGAAGAGUGGCGAGAAGCUCAAAGAGGAUUUAACAAGGUGUGGCGAGAACAAAAUGAGAAAUACUACCUGAAGUCUCUAGACCACCAGGGCAUCAACUUUAAACAGAAUGACACGAAGGUCCUGAGGUCAAAGAGCUUACUCAAUGAGAUUGAAAGUAUCUAUGAUGAGAGGCAAGAGCAGGCUACAGAAGAGAAUGCUGGUGUCCCUGUUGGCCCACACCUGUCACUGGCGUAUGAAGACAAGCAGAUCUUGGAAGAUGCCGCCGCUCUGAUUAUCCAUCAUGUGAAGAGGCAGACAGGCAUUCAGAAGGAGGACAAGUAUAAAAUCAAGCAGAUCAUGCAUCAUUUCAUUCCAGAUCUGCUGUUUGCUCAGAGAGGUGACCUCUCAGAUGUGGAGGAAGAAGAAGAAGAAGAGAUGGAUGUAGAGGAAACCACAGGGGCAGCCAAGAAGCACAAUGGUGUUGGGGGCAGCCCUCCGAAGUCCAAGCUCCUGUUCAGUAACACAGCAGCUCAGAAAUUAAGGGGGAUGGAUGAAGUGUACAACCUCUUCUAUGUCAAUAACAACUGGUAUAUCUUUAUGCGACUGCACCAGAUUCUGUGCUUGAGGCUGCUACGGAUUUGUUCCCAAGCUGAACGGCAAAUUGAGGAGGAAAAUCGAGAGAGAGAAUGGGAACGAGAGGUGCUAGGCAUAAAGCGAGACAAGAGUGAUAGUCCUGCCAUCCAGCUUCGUCUCAAGGAGCCUAUGGAUGUUGACGUGGAAGAUUAUUACCCAGCUUUCCUGGACAUGGUGCGGAGCCUGCUUGAUGGCAACAUAGACUCAUCACAGUAUGAGGAUUCUCUGAGAGAGAUGUUCACCAUUCAUGCCUACAUUGCCUUCACCAUGGACAAACUGAUCCAGAGCAUCGUCAGACAGCUGCAGCAUAUUGUCAGUGAUGAGAUCUGUGUGCAGGUGACUGACCUUUACCUGGCAGAGAUCAACAAUGGAGCUACUGGUGGCCAGCUGAACACACAGACUUCAAGGAGCCUCCUGGAGUCCACAUAUCAGCGGAAGGCGGAGCAGCUCAUGUCAGAUGAGAACUGCUUUAAGCUUAUGUUUAUUCAGAGCCAAGGCCAAGUUCAGCUAACCAUUGAGCUUCUGGACACAGAAGAGGAGAACUCAGAUGACCCUGUGGAAGCAGAGCGCUGGUCAGACUAUGUGGAACGCUACAUGAAUUCCGACACUACCUCCCCUGAGCUACGUGAGCAUCUGGCUCAGAAACCAGUGUUUCUCCCGAGGAAUCUGCGGCGUAUUCGGAAGUGUCAGCGUGGUCGAGAACAGCAGGAAAAGGAAGGGAAAGAAGGAAACAGUAAGAAGACCAUGGAGAGUGUAGACAGCCUGGAUAAGCUGGAGUGCAGAUUCAAACUGAAUUCCUAUAAAAUGGUCUAUGUGAUCAAGUCAGAGGACUACAUGUAUCGGAGGACCGCCUUGCUCCGAGCUCAUCAGUCCCAUGAACGUGUUAGCAAGCGUCUGCAUCAGAGAUUCCAGGCCUGGGUAGAUAAAUGGACCAAGGAGCAUGUGCCCCGUGAAAUGGCAGCGGAGACCAGCAAGUGGCUCAUGGGUGAGGGGCUGGAGGGCCUGGUGCCCUGUACCACCACCUGUGACACAGAGACCCUGCACUUUGUAAGCAUUAACAAGUAUCGUGUCAAAUACGGCACAGUAUUCAAGGCUCCUUAACUGCAAAGCCAGAGCAGUAACUUGAGGAGGUGUGUGUGUGUGCGUGUGUGUGUGUGUGGGCAUGUGCACUCACACACCCUAAAGAAGCAAGGAAGAUGCCUUUUUGGCCUCCCUGGGACAUGGCCACUGGCAAAGCGUGUCACCAGGUAGGAUACAUCUAAGGAAGGUGGACCCCUUGCAAAGCCCGAGCUGGCCCUUCCCCAGGGAUGUUGGCUCUUGGCCCACCCUAGAGGGGAAGGAAGCCCAUGCAAGCACAGAGACAUGCAGUUGCUUGCUACACCAGCAGAGCUAAGACUCGUGUCUCCGGUGCCCUGACCUUCAACGGAGCAACCAGUGCUAUUCAUGCUUCGACUGGAUGGAGGUGCGGUUACAAAACAGACUGGGGAAGGACUUGAGCAGAUGCAUUAUAACUGGGAUGGUCACGGCUCCUCCCUCCUCCCACCAAGGGAAAGAGACUGGAUUUCUUUGAUUUUUUUUCCUCCCUGGUCACUUGUUCACAUCUAAGAUCACCCAUUAGGUUUUAUGUGGGACCUGCAGUUGGCUUUGGGAUUGAUCAUUUUGUGGAUUUGAUUCCUGAUGAAUCCCUUGCUGCCUACCCCUUCUUUCCUCUGUUUCUCAGCCUCAAGAAGUUCAAAUCAGUCAUCCUUUUUAGCUCCCGUGGAACUGUUUUGUACCUGCUUCUUUAUUAGUCUUAGUGCCAUCCACCAGCUUUACUCUGACACACAUGUGCACACACACACAAUUUUAACUUGUUUUUUUUGUAAAUAAUGUACAUACUGUCAAUUUUUUAUUAAAAGAAAUAUGCUUUGAUGUGCUAGCGUAACUGCUCUAGCUUCUUGUGUACCAUAGUACUAUGUGGCUUCAGAUUUAGUACCUAUGAAGAGAUGUACAAGACAUUUAUUACACUUUUUACCAAAGGGAGUUACCGUUGUAGUACUUUUGUGUAAAACUUGUCUUCCCCUUUGCCUCCACUUUUUUUUUCUUUUUUUUUUCUUUCUUUUUUUUGUAAAUAAAUAAAGCUUGGUUCUUACUUAAGGAAUAAACUCUGAACCCAA